CUCCUCCUCCUUCGGCGGUUCCUCCUGUGCCCCCAGCUGCCAUGGCUCCAGCUCUGAUUCCACCUUCUUCCCCAGCACCGUCUGCCAUGGGAAGCUCUAAAGUCCCUGUUCGAAGCGUUGUGACAGAGACCGUCAGUAAUUACGUGAUCCGAGAUGAGUGGGGAAACAAGAUAUGGAUCUGUCCCGGUUGCGAAAAGCCGGACGACGGCAGCCCAAUGAUUGGGUGUGACGAUUGCGACGAUUGGUAUCACUGGCCUUGCGUCGGCAUCACGGCUGCUCCUCCAGAAGAGAUACAGUGGUUUUGCUCCAGAUGCGCCAGCAAAAAGAAGGACAAAAAACACAAAAAGGGGAAGCACAAAGCACACUGAGGUUGUGGAGAAUUGUCAGGCGGGAGCCCUGGACCUUCCUGUUUCCAAGUCCUCUUUCAGAGGGAUCCGGUCCAGCUUCUGCUGCCUGUCCGUUGCUGUCACAUUUCUGAGGAUUUGGAUUCCUGGAGGGAACCACAAAGAUGCACAAUCUUAAGACACAAUUCUGUCCCUCCAGUUGUCUCUCACUUUCUCUCUCUCUCUCUCUCCUCCUUCACCAAGUGUGACAGACAUGAAUUGAGAAUUUAUGGACUCACCAACCAGAAGAACAAUCAACAGAGACUUUUGUAAAUAUUGCCGCCUUUUCCAAGUUUGCGUUUGCCCGGUUUAAGAAGCGGGAGAGGCUAAUAAUUAUGAUCCUUUUGAAGCCCUUGGAGUGAUUUACACAGCCUCUGCAAAGCCAGAAAAUCAGAUGUGACUCGGGAUGGAGUAAAGGACUGGUAGAUAUUUUUCUGACGGGAGUAUUUGAAACUUUCUCCUCGUUU